AUGCGGAGGGUCGCCGCGGCCGUCGCGACGAGGGCCAGCUUGGCCAAUGCGGCGCGCUCUCCGAGAAUUGCGAUCCAUCGGCCCGGCUGCCUCGCGCGCCGGGCCCACCUCGGUCGCUCCGGGCCGCGGUGGCCCAUGCCACGAUGCAGAGCGGCAUGCAGGGCGACACUCCGAGCGAUGAGCGCGGCGUCGGCGCCGGCCCCCGCAGGUGCGAGGGCGCCCGCCGCGCAGGCGCCGAAGGAGGCGCACGGCUUCGAGCUGGUGUCCGACGAGUACGUCGAGGAGUACGCAUCGCAGGUGCUGACGUACAGGCACAAGAAGACGGGUGCUGAAGUGUUGUCAUUGGUCAACGAUGACGAAAACAAGACGUUUUCAGUUAUCUUCCGGACACCUGUGAGCGCAUCCACCGGCAUCCCCCACAUCCUGGAACACUCAGUGCUCUGCGGCUCCCGGAAGUACCCUGUGAAGGAGCCGUUCGUGGAGCUCCUCAAAGGGUCCCUUUUUACUUUCUUGAACGCCAUGACUGCCCCCGACCGCACCUACUACCCUGUGGCCUCCUGCAACCUGCAGGACUUCUACAACCUUGUGGACGUCUACCUGGACGCCGUGUACUUCCCAAGGUGCAUAACGGACCCAUUGGUGUUUCAGCAGGAGGGGUGGCACUACGAGCUAGAAAAGGAGGAGGAUCCCCUGACGUACAAAGGAGUCGUGUUCAACGAGAUGAAGGGAGUCUACUCAUCCCCUGACCAGACUCACAGUCGCCGCGCCAUGCAAGCCCUGUUCCCUGACAACAACUACAGGUUCGACUCUGGAGGCGACCCAAAAGUGAUACCAAACCUGACGUACGAAGAGUUCCAGGACUUCCAUGCUGCAUAUUACCAUCCCAGCAACUCAAGGAUUUGGUUCUCUGGCAACGAUCCGCCUGUUGAGCGCCUCAGAAUACUGGACGAGUAUCUCAGCAAGUUUGAGAGGAGGGAGGUCGAUUCUUCAGUAGCAAUGCAGCCCCUGAUGACGCAGCCCAAGCGAGUGGUCGAAAAGUUUGCUGCUGGGGAGAAAGAGAAAAAGGCGUUUGUCUCUUUGAACUGGGUGCUGUCCGAGUCGCCUUUCGACACAGAGACACAAAUCGCAUUCCAGGUGUUGGAUUACCUCAUGCUGGGCACACCAGCUGCCCCACUGUACAAGGCCCUCAUGGACAGUGGUCUCGGGGAGGCACUCAUAGGACGUGGGCUGAACAGUCAGGUGAAGCAGCCUGUCUUCUCUGUGGGGCUCAAGGGAGUGGACACUGCAGACGGAGAGAAGGUGGAGAAAAUUAUUGAGCAAGAGCUGCUGAGACUUUCCAAGAAAGGGUUUUCUGAUUCUGCAGUUCAGGCGGCACUGAACACAAUCGAGUUCUCCCUCAGGGAAAACAAUACUGGCAGUUUCCCAAGGGGUUUGGCAUUGAUGUUUGCAGCUGUGAAUGCUUGGAUCUACGACAGGGAGCCCAUUGAGAACAUAAAGUGGCAGGAGGACCUCGCACAAUUCAAGCAGCGGUUGGCAAGCGGGGAAGACGUGUUUGGGCGCCUGAUCACCAAGUAUUUGAUAGACAAUCCUCACAAGGUGGCCCUCGAGAUGCAGCCAGAUGCCAAGCUUGCAGGUGAAACUGUCGAAGAAGAACUGGCACGUCUCAAGAAGGAGAGGGAGAGCAUGAGCAAGGAGGAGAUCGCAUCCACUGUCAGCAGCACUGAGCAAUUGAAAAAGCAUCAGCUUACACCAGAUCCUCCAGAAGCUUUGAAGGCCAUCCCCACCCUGAAGCUGGAUGACAUUCCUCGGGAAAUAACGAUGAUACCCACUGACGAGCAGCAGUACAAGGACUCUACAAUUCUCUCUCAUGAGCUCUUCACAAACGACAUCCUAUACUUCGAGGCAGCACUGGACAUGAGGGGUGUUCCUGCCACCCUUCUUCCUCUUGUUCCCCUCUACUGUAAGUGUGUGACGCAGAUGGGGACAGAGGACUACAGCUUCGUGGAGCUGACGCAGCAGAUCGAUGGGAAGACCGGCGGCAUCUCUGUAUAUCCGUUGGUUUCUGACGUCCGCGGGGAAGACGAGCCUGUUGCAAAGAUCAUGGUCAAGGCCAAGACCACUAAGGACAAGGUGGGCGAUCUCAUGGACUUGCUGCAGAACGUCAUGCUCAAAGGCCGACUUGACAACCAGCAAAGGUUCAAGCAGAUGGUCCUUGAGAGCAAGGCAAGGUUGGAGUCAGGACUUGUUGGAGCUGGCAACAGGUUUGCAAGCAUGCGCCUGGCUGCGCAGAGGAGCACAGCAGGGUGGGUGUCGGAAAUGACUGGCGGGCUGUCCUACCUCGAGUACGUGCGCCAGCUGGCAGAGAGGGUGGACUCUGACUGGCCUGGUGUGCAGAGCGACUUGCAUGCCAUCCGCUCCUCGCUGCUCACCAGCAACGGCACCAUUCUGAACCUGACCGCCGACGAGGGAACUCUGGGCGCGGCGGGGCCCUUCGUGUCUGAGUUCCUUGAUGCGCUGCCCUCUGAGGAAAGGGCCAGCGAAGAUUGGUCGGUGGUGCUGCCGCGGGUGAAUGAACUGCUGGUUGUGCCUACUCAGGUGAACUACGUCGCAAAGAGCGUCAACCUGUACAAAGACGCGGGGUAUGAGUUGGACGGCUCUUCCUCCGUCAUAGGGAAAAACCUGUCACGGUCUUACCUCUGGGAUCGCGUCCGAGUGGUCGGCGGUGCUUACGGUGCCUCGGGCAGCUUCAACCAGCACUCUGGCAACUUCACCUUCUCCUCGUACAGGGACCCAAACCUGCUGGGUACCCUGGCCAACUACGAUGGCGCCGUGGACUUCCUGAGCAAUCUGAGCAUGGAUGACGACGCACUUGUCCAGGCCAUCAUCGGUGCCAUAGGGGACGUCGAUGCCUACCAACUGCCGGAUGCAAAGGGCAGCACCGCCCUCAUGCGGCGCCUGCUGCACGUGUCCGACGCCGAGCGGCAGGAGCGCCGUGACCAGAUCCUGGCAACCCAAGUCAAGGACUUUCACGAGUACGCGCAGUACCUGGAAAGCGUCCGGGGUCCCGAGGCGCGCGUUGUGGCCGUCACCUCACCGGAUGCCGCCAAGGAGGUGUCGCAGGAGAUUCCAGACUUCUGGAAAAUCAGCAAUGUACUUUAG